AUGUCAUAUGGGACGUAUUGGCUGUGUUUCUUUUGUGUCGAACGCUACUUCGAGGGUUCCGUGUUUGCCGGAAACAAUAAUAGUGGUUGCUGUACGUGGAAGGUAGUACUCUAUACGUCGUAUGUAAGUCCUAACAGAUUUUAAAGGAGCAGGAAAAGUCAUUGUUGAAACUUUUGCUUUUUGUCGCAAAACAUAAAAAUUAAAAAAGCUAAAAAUUUUAGAUAUCGAUCAGUUUGGCAGUAGCGUUCUUGUCCAUGAUUCGUAAGUUAAUUUUACUAUCACUAACCCUAAGCGGUAAAAAAUAGUCUGAAGGGAGGUUGAGGACCAAGAGAAGAAGAUUAACAAAUCUAACUAACUACUAUGACACUCCUGUGGAAACUGUAUUUGUAUGACAAACAAAAAACAAGAGUUUAUUUUCUACAAUGACUAAGAAAUCUAUUCAGGUGUGUUUGGAGUAUCGUCAGCAAUGUACGUCGUAGCACCAACCGAAGUUCUUUGUACUGCUUUUGUGGCCAGCGGAUUCGUUUUAUUAAAACGGACGUUGAUAAAAAAUUACCGUCGUAUACGUUUUGCCUCAUUGUCGCGACAAUAUGAGGUAAAAUUUAUUUUAUUUAAGUCUAGUCCAAUACGUUCCUUUAGUUUAUCGUCCCACCUUGUUCUUGGUCUAAUUGGUCUUUUUCCUUCUGACCUCUAGUUAACCUUCUGUGCCAGGCAAACUCAAAUCCGAGUGUACCUUCUGAUCCUUCUACUUAUAAUCACGUUCACCGAACUAUUAUAACUCUCAUCAUCUACCCUUCCGUUUUCUUUUUACAAACCAAUUUAUCCACCUUCUGAUAAAAACCAAAAUUGUUUCUCAUCGUUCUACUUAAUUUUGUAUUAAAAGGUUUUUUCAGCUAGCCCAAAACAUUCGAACUCUUUUAAAGUUCGAAACCACCUACAAGUUCAUCGUCGCCAUACUAUUACUUAACCAAUUUUUUCUUAUAUUCAGCUACGCCGGCGUAGAAUACGGCUCACUACAAUUCAAUGUUAGCUUCACCACAUAUCUAAUACUGGUUGCUUUGACAUUCUUAUCAGAAGCGGUUGUAAUGCUCACUAUGGACACAAACUUUCAAGUAACGCAAUCAAAGGCUUCAAAGAAACCGAAAGAAGUUGUCAAUUUGUUCGACGAAAAGUUGAUUGUUGCAAAUACGCCGGACAACAAUUUCGAUGCUUUACACAAGAUUUGGCAUCAACCACCCAUGAACAUAUCGUCACCAAUGCCAACAGUUAGAAAAAGCGAAAAGAGAAAGAUUGUUUCGAGUUCGUCGGCACGCCAAAACAACUUUAUUAAAUAA